AUGAAGAUCGGUUAUAAGCUGCAGGCACCCCAGUAUUCUUCGCUUAACUGCAUUUGCUUCGAAGAUGCUGCGGAUUUGGGUCUCUCACCUCUCUGCUGCGCUUGUGGCCUUAACCAGCUUCGUGUUUUCUCGACGGAGAGGGCCUCUACCCCCUGGCCCAUUUCGCUGGCCGCUUAUUGGAAACAGUCUGGACUUGUGGUGCAAGCACCCCUGGAAGGUCUAUGCUCGUUGGGCACAGGAAUACCUUCCGACAUUCUGUCUCUACAGAUUCCUGGUGCGACCGUCGUCAUCCUCAAUAAAGAACACGCCGUCCAAGAUCUGUUCGUGAAGCGCGGUCUCAUCUACUCCGAUAGGCCAUACACGGCCUUUUUCGAGAAACUGGGAAUUUCACGAAUCUUCGUCUUCCAGGACUAUGGCGCAAGGUGGAAAAAUAACCGCAAAACGUUCAAACAAUACUUGGGUACUGAGACGGAGUCUUUGCUUCGAUCUAACGAGCUUUUGUCAUCUCGUCGGCUUCUCGUUUCCCUCUUGGAGAGCAACGACCACCAAAUGGAAUUUCGCCAGGCAGUCAAUGAUUUCUUUCUUUCUGCGACGUAUGGUAUUCCUCCUAGUCAGCAAAAUGAGCAUGUCGCUCUCACGCAAGAAAGCGCUGUCCUCCUCAAGCGCCUUAUGAUUCAAGGCCUCGUCUUCGAUUUUUCGCCAUUCCUCACGUCUCUUCCAGCAUGGUUUACUGCUGUUGGAGUCACUCGUGGAGUGGGGGUAGUUGGUGAGCUGGUUGAUAAGAUGAUGCGGACCCCAUUCGAAUCUGCAAAAGCCGACUCGAUCCAAGGAAUGCACAGAGUUUUGAUAGCUGGGCGUUUCUUCAGGCUCGACGAAGAAUUAUCCAACGUCACUAACGAUGAAGAAACCAGCAUGAUCGACGUCCUCGGGACCUCCUACGCCGCGGGGACCGACACGGUUGUCGCUCUUAUAAACUCAUUCGCGCUCGCCAUGGUCCUGUACCCAGACGUCCAACAAAAGGCUUACGAAAUUCUCAACUCCACGCUCCGCUGA